AUUUGUUGGAUUUGUCUUUGAAUAGCUGAAGAAACUUUAUUGACGCCAAGUGAACAGUAAAACGCAGUAGUAACUGUGGAAACUCUUUAUGAGUGUGUAGUUUGCUUAAAUUUGUCAGCUUGAUUGUUAUUUGCACGAGAGAAGAAGGCUAUACAGAGAGUGUUUGUGGUCUGAAGUCUCAGGCUUUCCAUAAAGAUUCUUUUAAAUGGCAGGAGUUGUGGCACCUGUUGUGGUUUCGUGUGUUGACUUCUUGGAGAAGCCGAGAGUGUAACAGGGCAACCCUACAAGACAGCUGCUCCUUUCCAAAUAUAGCAGCACUUUCCUUGCUCUAAAUGGUCAUCAUACAGUUUUACUCUUUUUUUUCUUUUCUAACACAUCGGUAGGUUCUGGUUUAACCUAAAGAAUUACAAAAAUUCUUAUUGAAUUCAGUGGCAAGUUGUCCAGUUUAAGAUGCCAUGUUAGAGUACCAUUCUCUUCUAAUAAACGGCUGAAAUAACACCUUUCCGUUUGCAGGGUGGGGGGUCACCUAAACAGCCAAGAUGUCUGAGAAAAAGAUGACAUCAAGCCGUAGGCAUCAUCUGAAGAGCCUGGUGCUUCAGAUUGCAAAGAGUUUGCUGGAAGCUGAAGCUUCUGAGCUAGAAGCUGAGAAGGCCCAGUACAUGUCUGAGAACUGCCCCUCUAUGUCCCUGCCAGGAUCAUUACAGGAGCUGCAGGAGCUGUGCAAAAAGCUCCACCAGCAGAUCGAUAAGGUGGAUGAAGAGAGAUAUGAUUUGGGAAGCAAAGUGGAGAAGUCCAACAAGGAGAUUGAAGACCUGAAGAUUAAAGUGGUUGACCUGAAGGGCAAGUUUCAGAAGCCGGCACUGAAGAAGGUGCGCAUGUCUGCCGAUGCCAUGCUGAAGGCUCUGCUGGGCUCCAAGCACACGGUCAACUUGGAUCUGAGGGCCAACCUGAAGCAAGUGAAGAAGGAGGUCAGGGAGGAGGAGAAAGAAGCAGUUGGUGAUUGGCGUAAGAACAUUGAAGACAAGGCCGGUAUGGGCGGAAGGAAGAAGAUGUUUGAGUCUGAUGCUUAAAUUGCCUACCACCUUGGGACUGCAUCAAGUUUUCCGCAUAAGGUUCAAAUGAACUGCAACGCAGAAUCCAUUUUGACUUUAUAUCAAUCUUACUUAUCCCCGUCCGCUGUUUGCACAUGACCGAUUUUUAAAUCCAGCCCACCAAGAAGACCAACAGUAAAGAUCUCAUACUCCUGUUGGUCUGCAGGAAAGCCCCUUAACAUCUUUGAACCUCAAAGCGGUCAGAAAUUUAAAUAAAACACACAUUUUGCUAACAGAUGUGUUGUGUUGCCGAAAUGAUUGCAAAAUGUAAGACUUUGUGAUCCUGA